AUUGAUUGGAAGGGUAAAUUUAAAAAUGAUCUGCCAUUAUAAAUACGGGAUACCAUUAGUGCACAACCAUCAGUUUCAAUUAGCCAAACUUACAAGCAAAUAUAACUGCAGUUCAAAAAAAAAAAAAAAAAAUGGCAGUUAAAAUGAUCAUUUUUGCCGCCUGCGUGGCCACCACACUUGCCCAAUACGCCGCCCCAGCAUACCCAGCGCAACACGCUUAUGCUCAAGCUGAACAUGAGUAUGCUCCAACUCCGUACAACUUCGAGUACAGCGUAAACGACCCACACACAUACGACGUACACAGCCAAUCCGAGUCUAGCGACGGAAACGGAUACGUCAAAGGAACUUACAGCCUUUUGGAAGCUGACGGUUCCACCCGCGUCGUCGAAUACACCGCCGAUGACCAUAAUGGUUUUAAUGCCGAAGUUAAGAAAAUUGAAGGACAUAACCAAGGUUACAAGGCACCUUACAGUGCACCUGCCCCUGCUUACAAACCAGCUUACUCGGCACCCGCUUACUCCGCUCCGGCCUACAAACCAGCAUAUUAAUUUUCUCAGUUGUACCAAUUUCUUUCAUCAUUUUUCAUAUUUUCAUUGUGCACCUCUCAUUUAUCACAUCGAAUCAUAGUUGUUAACUUAAAUAUCGCCACGUUCAUAUUUAAAAUACUUAGCAUGACUACUGUAUUUAUUUUGUAAAUAUAUGUAUAUAUAUACAAACCUAUA